ACCAAGCCUUUUGGAAGUAGUCCGGAUCGUUUCUGGUGUGUGGCGUUUCUUCUUGCAAAAAUGCCUGAUCCAGCAAAGUCGGCUCCUGCUCCCAAGAAGGGCUCCAAGAAGGCUGUUACGAAAGUGCAGAAGAAGGACGGUAAGAAGCGCAAGCGCAGCCGCAAGGAGAGCUACUCUGUUUAUGUGUAUAAGGUGUUGAAGCAGGUUCAUCCGGACACCGGCAUCUCGUCCAAGGCCAUGGGCAUCAUGAACUCCUUCGUCAACGACAUCUUCGAGCGCAUCGCCGGCGAGGCCUCCCGCCUGGCGCAUUACAACAAGCGCUCGACCAUCACGUCCCGGGAGAUCCAGACGGCCGUGCGCCUGCUGCUGCCCGGCGAGCUGGCCAAGCACGCCGUGUCCGAGGGCACCAAGGCGGUCACCAAGUACACCAGCUCGAAGUAAGGGCGCGCAAAGGACGCAAUAGGACAGUUACUUUACCCCAACGGCUCUUUUCAGAGCCACUUUAUUUGUCACACUAAGCGGCUGUAAACACUUGCUGUAAGAUUUGGCUUUUGGUUAGGUAGGGUGGGCCUGUGCUCUCGGAAACAUUUGGGUUUGGGGCUAAGUUAGGACCGCGAUAAAGAUUGCCCUGGCUGUUAAAAUCUGGAACCUCCUACAGACCGGUGGUGUCACCUAGUGGCACGAUUCUUGGUAACAAAAAACUAGUCCUCAAAAUGGUUUCUACCUAGUUCUACUGAGUCUGAGAUGGAAGCUUAGAUACAGGUAACUGAAUAAGCAGGUUUGCUAUACUUUAAAGUUUGUUUUGGUUUUGGUGGGUGUUGCUGUUAUACUUCUCUACCCCUAAAUGUCAACACAAGGUUUUUCUUAAAUAAGCGAGCUGGAAUGUUUACCUUAGUGUACAAAUGGAAAUCCCUCCGUUCCCCACUCCCACCGCCUUAAUGUUCUAUUCCUAAACGUUUCUAGGUGUCUGUCACGAACGAUGCGCAGUAAAGCCAUAUGGUUUAGUCUGUCA